AUGCAGGACGAAAUAAACAAACUAAUCAAAUAUAAGGUGUUCCUGAUCAUAGAUAAACCACCAAAUACAAAAAUUAUCACAACGAGAUUUGUGAAUACAUAUAAACCUUACGACAUUAAAGGCAAAUUCUUUAAACUGCGUCUUGUCGUUCAAGGUCACAAGAUGACAGCUUUCGAAGAUUAUGAUCCUCGAAACAUUUAUAGCCCAGUUAUAGAUUUAAGUUCUUUAAGAACAUUAUUACUAAUAGCUGCAAAAUUAAAUCUCAAGUGUCAUAUGUUGGACGUGGAGCUGGCUUAUUUAAAUUCAGAUAUUGACAAACCAGUUUUAGUUUAUCCACCUAAAGAACUAAAAAUAGAAAAGAACAAAGUAUGGAUGCUUCACAAACUGUUAUAUGGGCUACCUACCUCAUCAAGAAACUGGUAUAAUGAGUUGAAACUGAUUCUUACAAAUAUUGGUUUAGUUCAGAAUGAGAUAGAUGCUGGUAUUUUUCAAAUCAUUAAUGCACACGAAACCCUAAUAAUUGGGGUUUACGUUGAUGACUUGAUUUUGUUGUCAAAGGACGAGAAAACUUUAAAAUGGUUUAGAGAGGAGUUAGAAAAGAAAUUGGAAAUAAAAUAUUUCGAGGAGAUUACAACUUACCUAGGACUAACUAUUACUAAUGAUGAAAAGGAAAUAAGGAUAAAUCAGAAUGCUAUGGUACGAGAAUUAUUAAAGAGAGAAAAUAUCAGUGAAAAUAAUAUAUCUAAUUUACCAUCAUUUGUUAGAGAAGAAGACGAAGAUGAAAUCAUCAGUGAGGAAAAUAGACUAGUACUAAGGAUACAAAAUCUUAAGGAUCAAAUAAAUGACAACAAACAAUUUUCAUUUGGAAACUCAAAGAUUACGGAUACUGAAAUCAAGGACCUCAAAAUAGAUAAAGAAAAAAUAGAUGAAAUUAUACAAAAACUAAAUGACAAUAAAUUAUCAAAAGAAGACACCACCAGGUAUCAGUCAAUUGUCGGGCUGAUGUUAUGGAUCAGUCGAAAUUCUAGGCCAGAUAUACUGUUCAGUACAAAUCAACUUGGAAGUAAAUGUGCCAAUCCUAGCCAAUUAGAUAUGCUAAGAGCAAGAAAAGCAUUGGGUUAUCUAUACAUCAAUCCUGAACUAGAACUAAAGUUUGCAAAAGAUAAAGGUGAGCAAGACAAACAUUGCCAAAUUGAAAUUUUUGUGGACGCAUCAUAUGCACCAAUGCUGGACAAGAAAUCAGUAACUGGAUAUGCAAUUUUUGUCAACCAAGAUUUGCUUUCAUGGAGUACAAAAAAGCAGACUAAAGUUACCAAAAGUGCUUUUGAAUCAGAGCUUGUUGCAUUAAAUAGUGCUUUAACAGAAGCUGAGUUUAUAACAAAAUUGUUGAAAUCAUUGGGUUUAACUGUAGGUAAAAUAAAAGUGUGGGAAGAUAAUAAUGCAGUCAUUAGUACCUGCUAUCAAGACAAUUUAGGUCAUAAACAAAGAUCCAUCGAUAUAGACUUAAGAAUCAUACAAAAGAAAUUAGAUACUGGAGAAAUUGAGAUAAAUAGAAUUGACUCUAUUGACAAUAUAGCUGAUACCUUCACCAAACAAUUGGGGCAGUUGGGAUUCGACAAAAUGAAGGGAGCAUUAUUAAACAGGAAGGAAUAUAACUUCAGAGUGAAUGUUAAAUCAAACAAUGAUUGA